AUGUACUUCGAAGGUCGCUAUGUUGGACGAAGCACUCCUCAUUUAUUUAUACCAUCUCCUACCCAAUUAAAGACAUCUCUGUCAUGGUUAAAGAAAGGUGGCCGUUAUAGCCCUGAUGAUUGCAUACCCCGUCACCAUGUCGCCGUGAUCAAACCAUUCGGAGACCAACACCUUAAAACAUUUCUGUAUAAUAUACAUCCAUUCUUAAGACGACGACAACUUGACUACGAAAUAUAUAUCAUAGAUCAGAUAGGUACUUCUAAAUUUAAUCGUGCCAUGUUGAUAAACAUAGGUUAUGUAGAAUCAAUCAAACUACACAAGUAUACCUGUUUUGUAUUUCACGAUGUUGACCUUUUACCUGAGGAUGACAGAAAUUCCUACACUUGCACAACACAACCAAGACAUCUGUCAGCAGCCAUUGAUAAAUUUAAAUACAGAUUACCAUAUAAAGCUAUAUUUGGUGGCGCAUCGGCUUUAUCUAAAAGCCAGCUAAAGAGUGUCAAUGGAUUUUCCAACAAAUUCUUUGGUUGGGGAGGAGAAGACGAUGAUAUGUGGAACAGGCUUAUGCACGCUAACUUUACAGUCACAAGACAUUCGAAUAAAGUAGCGAGAUACAAAAUGUUGAGACAUGGCAAAGAGAAGGGUAACAAACACAACACAAAGAGAUACAAACUUCUGGAAGAUGGCUAUAAGAGAUUCAAGACAGACGGUUUAAACAGUUUGACAUAUAAUGUUGUCCGAAUCCAGAUACACCAUCUUUAUACAAGAGUAUCUGUGGACAUCAACGAAAGAGAAGUAAUGAAGAGUUGAGUGCUUGCAGACCAAAACGAACACAAAUUAGUGCUUAGAAGAAUAAAAAAACAGCUAUAUCAAUAAUGUCGCUGUCGAUUAUUUGAAGACUGAAAACUAAAUCAGCAUUCAGUUGUCUGCACGAGUAAAGCAUCUAUAAUUCGUCGUGUUACGAUUUCAUUGACAACAUAUAUGGAUUCUAGUUUAUAUGCAGUGUCAUGAUAACAAAAUAGGACAAUGUUUGUUUUCUACAUUAGAGUCAUUAGAAUUAGGCAUUUUAUUUUCUUUAUUUUCAAAUCACUCAUCAAUGGUGCUCGACUCAUUUCAACUACGAGGUUGAAAAGACUCAAAAUCAGAAACUUUUGAAAAAUAUGCCAAAUUUAGCGUUGGCUUUCAAUGCAUGGAAAUAGAGAGAACAAAACCCGUAGUAUUUCAAUUUUGUUUCAUUUAUAAACAUUAAUUCAACAAAAGAUUACUGUUUCAUGUCUAUUCGGCACAACACAAAAGUUCUAACUAUUUUGCUCGUUUAGUAAGUGUACAAAUCUUGUGGUUUCUAAAAGAAGUCAUAAGUAAGGACUUCCAAAACAACUAGCAAAUGUGUUCUUUAAUUCUGUAACUGACAUGAUAUUUUAUUCAAGUAAGUAAUCGACGCAUUUUUCUUAUUGAAUUCAUGAUUAAUUACAGUCAAUAGAUACUGGAAAGUUAACUAAAGCCCUUCAACAUUGUGUUUGACAGACAAAAUAAUCUCAAAUUUGUAAGGCGUAAUAAGUGGGGGUUUCCUGCAGCAAUAGUCAAACAAAAAUGAAAACAUCACG